AUGCUUUCCCCUACCGAGUUUAAUGUUCGUGUCCUGCUGGCUGAUCUGACGAAGGUUAUUUCCAUCAAUCAACAAACGGCGUUUGUACAGCCGAAUUCGGACUUUCUUUCCUUUGUAUCGGACCCGAAUUCACCUGGGCUGGAGGUUGUCUUUGUCACACGGACCAAACAGGCCAUUGCGAUGGGCUCAAAGAUUUUCGGUACAAUUCGCCUUGCCGCUUGCACGGGGUUAACCACUGAUGAGCUCUUUUUGACCCGGACAACCUUCAAUCAUAGUUAUUUCUUCGCUUCAAAUACCCAUCAGUGGGUUGAGUUCGAAAUAUAUGUUUUUCAGUCUAUCGGUAUUUUAUCUUCAUGUACUAUCUGA